GGACGACCGAGGGUCAGGUGCCUCAGUCGACAUCGGUGCCUGAGACAGUAGUCCAGCGAUCCGGAGAUUCGGCUCGGACCAACCUUUGCCAAUCCAUUGUCGACUGACUGUCCAUCGGGGUCGACUGCUCAGGCCUCUGCCGCUCCAGUACAACUCCAUGAUUCCGAUCCUGUGACUGCUCCGACUGUACUGCAAUCAUCGCUCUUCGCUGCAUACCAGACUCCAAACGACCUGCCGAGUGCUGCCAGGGAGGCCCUUCUCCAGGAAAACCUCGUGAUGGAGCAGAUGAAGGUGGUGCAUGAGGCCACUCAGGUUUCCUACAACGCCAGCACCACUCUGCAAGCCAACGUCAAGAAGUCUUGUGAUCUUGGAGCCCAAUUUUCUGAACUGGAGAAGAAGCAGAUAAGCCUCAACCUUGAUCCGGAACUGGCCAAGAAGAACCUCAAGAAGGCCCAGGAUGAAGCAGCUAUCAUGGGAGAUAAAAUGAAGCAGGCUCUGGAGAAGAAGGAUCAGGAUCUUGCCGCAACCCAGAAGGAGGCGCGAGAGAAAACGACACUUGCGGACAAGAAGUUGGCCUCAGUCAACAAGUUGGAAGAGGAGAACUCCAAGUUGAAGACUGCCGUUUCUGAAGCUAACCAGGAGGUUGCGCGACUGAAGAAAGACAAGGAAAGCUUGACUGACAAAGUUGGGAGUCUCAAGGCCAAGAAGGGCGAAUUGGAGUCUUAUCUGGGGCAGCUUGCUGCGAAGUUGGUCUUAAAGCUUGAAGACUUCGAAGCAGAAACUGGGCGGGUCAAGACGGUUCUUGACCCCAUAAACUCUCCUGUCAAAGAUGACGUUGUAAUGAAUGUGCUGCGGUUGGAGCCUUGCCUGGACAUUGUUGUGGAUUAUCUUGCUCGACUGAAGGUGGCAAUGACGCGGAUUGAUGCUGAACUCUGGCCUCAGGCGGAACUCGCACAGGAUCUUGAGUCUCUGACGACUCGAUUGAAUCAAAUCCCUAGUUGAGUGCAGGAAUGGAAGAAGUCAUCUGCUUGUUGUGGCGCCGAUGUCGCUCUAUCAUUGGUCCGAGUGCACUGCAAAUAUGUUAGAGAAGACAAGCUGGCGGACCUCAAGGUUGCCUACACCAAAAAGCUCAAUUUCCAGUCCUUUAUGGACACCUUCCUUGACGCCGCCACUCGCAUCACAGACAGCAUCGACCUUGACAGCUUAUGUGAUCCAGCAAGUCCUUCUCCUGCCGAGUGAACAAAACUUUAUGCCCCACCUUUAUUUGCGUCGAAAUGCCGACUGGUUAUGUAACCGUUAAA